UUUAUCGUCAGCAGGCAAGCCUGACGUUUCGUAUUUUUUUUUUUUUUUCUCUUCAAUUGUCUCUGCUUAGACCCCCGCCCCCCACUGUCUGUUCUGCCGACCCACUGGAUGAUGGAUCAACACUCUUGAUGCGCUGGCAGCUAUGAAGCAGGCAAUAGAACAAGCAGGAUCUCUGUUCACUGGCUGGACAGAUUUCUGCUCGUUCUGCCUGUCCUCCGGGGACGACGAGAGUUUCCAUCAUCAACAAGCACUGCAGCGCAAAGGUGCUGAACGGGAGAUGAAGAUAUGCCAUACCCAGCAGCCCCGUCUCGUUCCCCCCAUGAAGCCACUUGCCUACGAUGCAGAUCCCAUCCCACGCCCUCUGCCCCGAGCAUCCACAUUGCCCGCCUGGAUGGUGGUGAGCAAGAACCGUGCAAGCAUGUCGCUAAAGAGGAAGUCGACCGCACCGAUGCGCAUCAGCGCACCGUCCGACUUUCGACGAGUGUCGAGCUUUCUGCCUGGUGCAGACGAAUUCUCUCCGUUGGAGCUGAGCUUUAACGUGCCCGGCCGUCAGCUUCCAGAUCUUCCUCAUUUUGAUGACUUCCCCUUAGAGACUGACCGUCGCUCCCCGAUUGCACGGCCUCCUCGAGCCCUACCGGGUGAGAAAGGCCAUCUAUCUCAACCACGAGCCCAGCAAAGACCCUCGUCCUCGUUCCAGCUGCCUCGCAAGCCCGUUGGCUCUGGAUCUCGUCGUUCGUCUCUGGGGGCUCAUGAAUACCUCAAUGCUGGAGACAGACAGACCUCGUCGUCCAGCCCUUUCAUCCCCCAUUUCUCCAGUCACGAUUCUGCCACCACAAGCAUUAGCACAACUCUACCAUCCCCCAAUCCUCUGCCCUACACCAACACAGACCACCGAACUCCCCUUCGACGGCCCAACCACGAAGCUGCCACUGCUGCUGGUCCUGCUGCAUACCGACCUCCCAGAACCCCAACCCGAUCCAACUGGCAGGAGAGGCCCUUACCGUCGAUACCCACCGAGGAGGACACCCCGCCAUCUUCCAGGAGCACCACAUCGCCAAGUUCACUGACUUCUCCCUCCGAUGACCGUGAUCGCACGCCACCUCGCGCCGGCCGAGUCACCCAGUGGCCGUUCCAAGCAACAAGUCCCAACAAGAGCCAGCAUUCGUCCUCUCCAUCCACUCCCUCCUGGCUGCAAUCAGCUCUCACGAGCGAGAGCCUCAAGGGCACCUUUCGCAUCCGCUCGCGCACUCUCAGCGGCUCAACCCUCGCCUCCUCCAUCUCUAAUUUGACGGGGGGGUUCAGCAAGCACCCGACUCCGUCUCUAUCAAGCAAUACUACUGUUGCUGCUGCUGCUGCUACCACCUUCACUGGAGUCGCAGGGGAAAAGGAGACAAAAGGUCCAAUCCUCGGCUGUCCGUUCGCCCUCCGCCAGCCUGAUGACCGCCAUAUCCACCCCACCAUCUUUGAGAGCGAACAUCACCAGCAGCAGCAGCAGCAGCAUCAUCAACCAGCCCGAGAACAACAGGAGUAUGAGGAACUUCACGCCCAGUAUUAUGAGAACUACCGUCAUUCUGCUGUCGGAUUGGCCUUUUGAGGGGUCCUGUCUACUGUGGUCGACGGUAGACGCCGUCCUCACAACUUUUCGUUCUUCUGCAAAAUGAGCAUAUUCGUCUGAGAUGCUAGGAUAACCCCAAUCCCAGCUCAUUCCCCUCAUUUUCACCCUAUCAACUUAUUAACCUAGUAUCAACCUCCCAUCCGCACCAUC